CGUAGCAGACCGGCAGCCAGGAACUCUCCCGCGUCGGUUCGUCCGAGUGGACUCGCAACGUUCUGCCGCGGUAGAUUUCCCGCUGUUUAUGUAUCGGUCGCGUCCCGCGGGUCUCUCGGGCCUGUGCCGAGUCACCGACCAUCUGUAUCUCAGCAGCGGCAGAGCGGCCCGCGACUCCGCUCAGGUGAGCCGCUGUAAGAUAACCUGCGUAGUCAGCGCCACUGAGACCGGGACCAGCUGCCCCCCGGCCCCCGGGGUGGAGUACGUCCACAUCGCGAUCUCCGACUCCCCGGAGUCCCCGCUCGGCGACCACUUUGACCGUGUGGCGGAUAAAAUCCAGCGCACCGCGGAGGGCGGAGGCUGCACGCUGGUGCACUGCAGGGCCGGCGUGAGCCGCUCCGCUGCGCUGUGCAUCGCCUACCUGAUGAAGCACCGCGGGGCGACUCUGCUGGAGGCCCACGGCUGGGUGAAGACCUGCCGACCCACGGCGAGGCCCAACAACGGCUUCUGGAAGCAGCUCGUCCGGUACGAGAUGCAGCUCCGCGGGCGCAACUCUGUCCGAAUGGUCUCGUCGUACAUCGGCGAGAUACCAGACAUUUAUGAAGAGGAGGCCAGAAACAUGACGCCUCUGUGAGGAACUCUCUGUGUGUGUGUGUGUGGGGGGGGGGGGGGGGGGGGGGGGGGGAUUGUUCCCCUGUGACCGGUGAAGGACAAGUGGGUAUAUGCUUAAUUUAAGCAAAGCAUAUACAAACGGUGACUGUGACAACUCUUGCUCCUUUUAGUUCACCCAAAAUGGGCCAAUAAUAAUUGCACAUUGUCACUUUAUGUCUGAUGCAGAAGCAGAUAUUGCAUCGAUACAGGCCCACAGAGUAUGAAGACAUGAUUAUACAUUUGAGUCAACUCAUCCAUAGUCCAGCCACACGUGAAAACUGGACAAUUAUUUUUCCCAUCUUGCAAGUAGGCUAUGGUCCAGUAGUUUAUUUCAUGAACUGUCACAUGGAAUUGAUUUUUAUUGCUUUAGGGUAUCACAGGUCACAAGAGGUCAGGCGAUUUUUUUUUCUCCCAAGAAGGCAAACGAAGGCAUGACCCGCCCUGCUCUACCUCUUGAUUGGUGGACUCUGAUAUUCUUAGACUAACUCUUAACUAAUCGCCACUUGUCAUCUUACCAAACUCACUUCAAAGGCAACGUGUACUAGCCAAUCAGAGACCGAGUAAGGCGGGUCAUUCUUCCGCUGGCCUGCAGCAGCGCACUACAUCGGAGGCGAUUUAGAAGUGGAUAUAUGAUAUGCCGGUUGAAAAAUAAGUGGGUCUACCCUCCACUACAUGACUGUCUGUGAUGAAAUGUACCGUGUCUCCUAUGUGCAGGGGCAGUUACCACAAACUUAUAUUUAUUAUGGAAGUAAACAUGGGAUGAUCCCUACUGAACUUCUAUGGGCAGAGGUGGAAUUCAAAUAUGUACGAGUCCUGUACUAUACUUUAUACUGCCCAAUAAACUUCAAAGAAAAAUA